GAACUGGCAGAGAAACUUCACGCUCAAUAUCCAGAGCACUAUCCAGACACCAAUCACAAGCCUGAGCUGGCCAUUGCCCUAACCCCCUUUGAAGGCCUGUGCGGUUUCCGGCCUGUGGAAGAGAUUGUAGCUUUCCUCCAGCAUGUCCCUGAAUUUCGAGCUCUGAUCGGGAACGUAGCAGCGGAACAACUGGAACGAAGUGGGAGAGAUGACCCCCGUGGCGUGACAGCAGCUCUGAGGGUCUGCUUCACCAGGAUGAUGAAGAGCGAGAAGAAAGUCUUCGUUGAUCACCUCAACCAGCUGGUCAAGCGGAUUUCCCAGGAAGCUUUGGUGAACCUCAACAAGAUCUCCAUCAUCCUGCUUCCACAGACUGGAGGCUCUCUUCACUAUUCUCUUUUAAGAUGCGUGGACUUCAACUCCCAGAAUCCCCCAGUCAGCCUCAUGAGUGUCUCGUCCUUAUUCUCCCCAGACUGCAUCGAAUGUAUGGCUUGUUCGGACAACACGGUGCGCGCUGGCCUGACGCCCAAAUUCAUCGACGUUCUGACCCUGUGCGAAAUGCUGAACUACACGCCAGCUCCCGCCAGCUCAAAGUUGCUGCUCCCUGCUCAAAGCCGCCUGGAUCCUUGCGUCUCCCUCUACGACCCCCCCAUUCCAGAUUUUGCUGUCAUGAGGAUAGAGAUCCCUUCCCCCAUUAAGCUGUACCUCAUUUCGGCCAUCGACUCGGCAAGCAUCUUGCUCACGGUCCAAGGUUCUGCCGUCGGCACUUCCACAGCUGCUACAUCUGAAAUGAUUCUACGUCCCGGCACUGUGUUGUUCAUCUCUGCCAACGAGAGUGUCUCCUUGCAUUUUAAUUCCCCAGAGGGAAUGCUCCUCUUCCGGGCUUGCUGCCUCUUGUAAUAAGGGACACCGAGCAAUUUCCCUCCUUAGAGUAACUCAAGAUCAGUAGAAGCUGCCCCUUGGUCUAGAAUAUCUCCAGUUCGUUGUCAUCCUCCCAAGACUGAGGCUCAGGUCACCUAGGAAUAUCAACCGUCUUCUCUCCUUGGUUGGCUUUCGGCCGACGCUCCAUUGCUUCAAAAAUGUAGGGUUGGAAAUGCUUUGGUGGCCCCCGCUGCACCCCUAAGUUGGGGCAACCCGGAGGCCGUGGUCAAUGCUUUUGUUAGUUCUGACUUGCCAAAGAACACGAUCUCUCCCAAUA